AAAUAAUGAAGCACAGUUUUCGACCAAUCGGCAGGCGCGUACUAUCCCAACUAUAUAAUAAUGAGUAAUAAAUAGAGCAAAACCUUUCUUUCUAUUGUUUGAAUAGUACUAUUUAACACUUAUUGAUUCAWGCUAUUUACUCGAUCAGGUAGUUUAAAUUUAUAUUUAUAUAUUUUUUCAAUGUCAGGUUACGGCUACAUCACUCCAAUUACCGAUGGUGGUCGAAUCUUCUGUAUAUUCUAUGCUCUGUUUGGUAUCCCUUUAGCUGCAUUACUUCUCCAAUCGACAGGUAAAGCCAUCUUUCAGAUCCUCGUGGCGGCCAUAAUUGGGUUGGGAAAAAAAGUCAAACAGGGAAAAGUGAACGUAAAAAAUGCCGAGGAGAAAAGCUUCAUCGGAUCGUUCCUUUUACUGACUGUUGUCAUCAUUCUCUACAGUGUGAUUUUCGUUCACGGUUACCAACAAGGUACGUUUGUCGAAGGGGUAUACUCUUGGUUCAUUACCUUGACAACCAUUGGGUAUGGCGAUAUUGUACCUGGCCAGUCUUCGAAGAGCUUGACGUUGAUAUGGAUGUGGAUCAUUUUUAUGUUUCUGGGUCUGAGUAUCACAUCAAGUGUUCUCAACUCAUUGGGAACGUGCAUAGAAAAGCGCCGUAAAAAGAAGACGUUUUGUAAAUGUUCCAAGUGGAGAAUGGGGUCWGCAGUUAGUMCAGACCUGGUCCCACUUUUCUCACUAACUGAAUAAUUCGUAUUUCAAAAAUACAAAGAAAUACAAAAAAGUUCUUUUAAAUCAGUCUUUUUGCGCUACUCGGUUCGUCRAUGCCGCUCGCUCAUCGAUAAAAGUGGAUGCAGCUCUGUACUACAGAGUACGACGGUCAAGGAACUGAUAGGAAGUAAAAAUAGAUGGAAAGGCCAGUAGACGGUUCGUACAUCAAGCGAUAACACAAGAACCAAGUCUGGAAGGCAAGAUGAAUGUACCGGAAAUUGUAAUUUAAUCUUAAUGUCAUUUUAUUUUUAAAAUACAAAUAUCUUAGGCYGUAGUUUAACUCAACUUGAUCUUUGCACUCAUUUUAUAUCUUAAAUAGAGUGCAUACCAUAUAUCGGUGAAAAAGUUAACUAACAAAAUUGUACAAAUUACUUCAAAGUUUUUAAGUCCAUUGUCUACUGAACUUACCAUUUUGUUCAAAUUUGUGCAAUUUAUUACGUUUUUCACGGAUAUAUAUGGAAUGCACUCGAUCACCUUAACCAAUAGGUAUUUYUGGAGUCAUAUUGCAAUUAAAUGGAUAAUUCAAAAAUUGAAAUAAGCGCUAUUCAGUUUAUGUACAAAAUUAACUCUAUUACGUUUAUUCCUGUGACUCUGGGAUUAAGGAAUAGUGAGGAGAGGCCUAUGGUAAAGACAAGCAAAAAAGAGAUGCACUUUCCAUUUUCUUUCCAUUCUUUCACUUUCCUUCCCCUGCCUACAGCACCUGUUACACAAUGUUACUUGGGAAUGUUUAGUUCAUAAAGAAAGCCUUUCUUUGCUUUGAAAUGCUUGUCCCUGCAUUUCUUUGGUCAAUGUUUGCUGUGGUCAAUUUAGUCAAGUGAGAAUUAGUAGCUAGUGUAAAUAUAUCUGGGGGAACCCUGGGAGGGUGUGGGCUGGGGAGUGAGUUUGGAGUGAGGGGAUAUUAGACUAGCUACUAAUUCUCGCUAACCAAAUAGCUUAACAAAAGCAAACCGGCCAAACAGUGACCAAGACAAAUACAGGAACAGCUUGCAGUCUAUAACAGAAGUCUCGAGAUGCAUCAAAAUUUUAAAUGUGCAUAUUAAAAAAAAUCUUUUUGAUAUAAAAAUGCAAAAUAUUUGUUUUAAUAUGAUCCCUGUUGUAUACUGAUUUUAUUACAAUUAUUAUUUGAA